AUGACUCCCUCACCUUAUACGCACUCGCAAACGAACUAUCAGCCCUCUCCGAACCCUCCUGCUUACCCUUCUACGCAACCUUUCUCUCAGCCCGCUGGCUCGGCAUCCUUCCAACCACUACCUGGUUACAAUGGUCCAACGAACCUUGCACACCCUACACCCUACACUACACAAACUGCACCAGCAUACCCCCCACCUCAAGUUCCCAACCCCCAACAUUCUGCACCGGCAAAUAAUGGCGUGAUCAUGGACUCUAUGUACUGGACCGCAGAGGCGCAUUCAUCGUACGCGCCCCCGUCUGGGUAUGGGCAGGGACAUGGACAACAUGGACACGCAGGACGCGGACACCGAGGCUCCCACCCUCAUGGAAAUCAUGGAUCGAAGCCACGGCACCCUAAUAAGAGGGAUCAUGGAUCUGCAUUCAAUAAGCCAACGUCCACAGCACCCAAGGUCCCAGCAGCACCUUCAGUCCCCAGUUUCGGAAACCCUCUGCCCUGCAAACCACCCCCGGCUGCAGAUGCCUCUCGCAAACCGAAGAAAAGGAAGCGAAAGCAUAACCAGCUAGGCUUGACCCCCAAAACCGAAGAACAUGAAUCUAGUGAAGAAGAGGAGGAUGUGGAUGAAGAAGUAAAGUUGGCAGCGGGCACAGAUAAUGGUCCACUGCAAUUUACCUAUAGAGGACGCACAGCCGUUCUACAAUCUGCUUCGGACAUUGCUUCCUGGAUUGAAGAAAGAAGGAAAAAGUUCCCCACUCAAGCCCGAAUUGACGAGAAGAAAUCGGCGGCGGAAGAGGCUAAAGCCGCUCGAGAGGCAGUCCGCCGGGAGAAAGAGAAAGAGAAAAAUGACGAGAAAGAAAAACAGAAAGCCUUUACCGAACCUGGGCCAAAGCUUAGCGACUCACAGGCCCACGGCGAUCCAGCUCUUGAUGCGGCUAUAAAGGCCCAGCGCAAAGCGGAUAAGAUCCGGCGUACCUUGGACCGAGAACAGAAGCGCUUUGCCAAAGCUGAAGCUGAGGCUGAAGCCGCUCGUCUUAAGGUUCAGGCGCUUCAAAAACAAGUGUUGGGACUAAAGGAUGAUGAGCCGAAUGGGGAUGGUGAUGGUGAUGGUGUACCUACUCAACCUCCAGCUGAACUUUCAGCCUCAUUAGAUCGAGGAGAUGACCUCGUGAUGGCAGGUGUCACGGACGUACCGAGGGACCCAGCGUCUUUUUCGGUUACUAAUUCUGGCAUGGGAGACAUUACUGUGGCGUCUGUGGCGCCAAAUGGCUUGAAGGAUGCUAUGGACACUAUGUCCGAUGGCUCCGAAAGUGACUGGACUUCCUCCAGUGGUUCGGAAUCAGAAUCGGACUCUGGUAGUGAUGGUUCUGCCCCAGAGGAGGUAAGUUCUCGGCGGGAGGGACCCGAAAGGGUGGCCCCGCCACCUCGCGAGGGUAAGAAGACUGUUUGCCGGCACUUUGCUCGCAACGGGCAGUGCAAUCGUGGCGACAAGUGUAAAUUCAGCCAUGAAGUUACCGAGCGAGGAGCCAAGUCCAAGCCUCCACCUCCUGCUAUUGAGAAGAAGGGGCGUAAGGGACUUUUCCAAGCUUUAAUUGAGCAACAAAAGACCGAAGAGGAUAAGCGAGCGAUGGAGGUGAUUAGCUGGUUGGGGCAACAUGGGAUGCUGGAAGCGAACAGUCAAGCCAAUGACGCCCCGCAAUCGGCCCCUUCUUAG